GUACCGGCAAGUCCUGUCCAUAGAGCGAGGAGCAAGGUACAGUACAAACUGGGACUGGAAAGGUUGACCCUGCUCGGAAAAUCAAAUGUAUUACGGCUGCCCGUGUUAUUAUUCCUUGAGAUUGUUUAUGAAAAUUCCUGUAAAAAUACAAAAUUAACUUGCCCUUCUUUACUGUUUUCAGUGAUCAUCUUGUACAAAUAUUACAUUCACAAGUUUCACAACAUUACAUCCUUUUACCGUUCUCAUAAAAUAAACUUUGUAAGUCAGGCAUAACAGUUAAAAAAAAAUCUCGUAUUCGUCACUCAAUUUCCUUGUUUAUUGGGACAAACUGUUUUUGUUGUGAACUGUGAAAUAUAUAAACUACUAAUUUUCUAAAAUAGAGCAUUCAAAAGAAGGUUUUCUGCGAAGCAACGAAAUUUACAGGUUGUAAGCAAUACAGCAGUCACAAUGACAAUGCUUCUUAGAGGUGGCGAGGUCUCGACAAAUGAGCAGGAUGCUGAACCUUCACAAUCACUCAGAGUACCGUGUACGGAUCAAGGAGGAAGAUUAUCAACAAUAUCAGUAAACCCUAGAAUGCUAUCAGCUGCCCUAGCUAGGGAGAGACGAUUGGUGAUCGUAAUGGUCCUGGUGGUGGGUUGUUUUAUUAUGUGUUAUUUACCUUUCUGGGCUUCCAUUCUUACAGUGCUAUACUGCUCCAGGUGCCCUGCUCCUCACCCACAUAUUCUCACAGCUUUCCAGUGGUUGGCAUAUUCUAACUCUGUGGUGAAUCCAGUAAUCUAUACACUGUUCAAUCCUGAAUAUAGAUCAGCGGCAACAAUCAUACUUUCUCGCAUCAGAAAUAUAUAAUUUGUAUUUGAAUGCAAAUGAAUUAAUGAAUACUCUAUUUUUCUUACUUACAGCGAUAACCAGAAAGCUUUUGAAUAGGAAGACGACUUUUAGACUCAAGUUAUGACUUCAAAUAUUAAAUGAACAUAAGGCAUAGCAAUUUCGUAGUUAUAACAGACCUAUUUUAGUAAAUAAAUGAUUUCAUAUUCUUGUAAAA